AUGUCGACGGCAGCCCGCAGACGUCUCAUGCGAGACUUCAAGCGCAUGCAAACCGACCCUCCCGCUGGCGUUUCUGCUUCUCCGGUUCCAGACAAUGUGAUGACUUGGAAUGCCGUCAUUAUUGGACCCGCCGAUACUCCAUUCGAAGACGGAACCUUUAGACUCGUGAUGCAUUUCGAAGAACAGUAUCCCAACAAGCCGCCCUCGGUCAAGUUCAUCAGCCAGAUGUUCCAUCCCAACGUCUACGCCACCGGCGAACUCUGCUUGGAUAUCCUCCAGAAUCGCUGGAGUCCCACGUACGAUGUCGCGGCUGUUCUUACGAGUAUUCAAAGUUUGCUCAACGACCCGAACACGGGAUCUCCAGCGAACGUCGAAGCUUCCAAUUUGUACAAGGACAACCGUAAGGAGUACACGAAAAGAGUCAGGGAGACGGUGGAGAAGAGCUGGGAAGACUAA